AUGAUUUACAAACAGAGACUAGUGUCGAUUGUAGGAGCGCUGGCGCUCAUAUUACUGUGGUACUACUAUUCAUCGGAAAAGCUGUCGUAUACGACGGAUAAUGAUCCUGGAUCAGUUAAAAUCGCCGAGGUUACGAGAAAGGCGGAUUUCAAAACGGUAAUGCCGUCGAUGCCCGACCAGGAGUCCAAGGAAAAACUAGGUAGAGCGUCUUGGACGUAUUUCCAUACGUUACUGGCACGAUUCCCCGACGAGCCCACCCAGGAAGAAAGGUUGAAAUUAGCGACUUUUUUGCAACUGUAUGCAGAAUUGUAUCCGUGCGGAGAGUGCUCGAAGCAUUUCGUCAAAAUGCUACAGCGAUCUCCACCGCAAACGUCGAGCAGAGUCGCCGCUGCGAUGUGGGGGUGUCAUAUGCACAAUUUAGUGAAUGAGCAUUUAAAAAAACCACUGUACGAUUGCUCCAAUAUCUUAGACGAUUACGACUGUGGCUGCGGUGAUGGCGAUGGGAAAAUCGUAGAGGAACUCAAACUUAACAGAGUGUCCCUCGAAAAAGAGGAUAAACAACGGGGUUAA